AUGCAAGAUAUCUCAGAUUAAUUGAAUCAAUUGACAUUAAAAUAUGAAUAAUUAGAAAUACUGUGGUCAAAAGAAUGCCAAAAUGUUUAGAAAAAAGACCAUCUCAUAAAUCAAUUAAAAUUAGAAUUAGAAGAAAAAAAUACAUUAAUUACUACUUUAAAAUCAGAAGUUGAUUCCUUAAAUAUCUAUAUUAAUGAUUCUAUAUAAGAAAAAAAAUAAUAAAAUACUAAACUUAAUGAAUUAGAUAAGAAGUAUUAGAAAGCAAAAGAUGAAUAUAAUAAAUUAAAACAAAAAUUAAUUGAUCGUGAUCUUCACAUACAAGAAUAAGAAAAAGAAUAUAAACUUUUAAAUGAGCAAGUAUAAAGUGAAACUGAGAAUUUAAUUAAAACAUAUGAAAACAAAAUUCAAUAAUUAGAAGAAGAAAAGGAUUAAUUAAAAUAAGGGAAUCUAUAAAAAGAAUAAACAAUCACUUUUGAUAGCUAUAAAAAAUGGUUUAUUUUAUCAGUUAUUUUGAAUCCACUUAUUUUUGUCACAGCAAAAUUUUUAAGUAAAAAAAAAUGA